AUGGCGAAGGUCGAGUUCGACCUCAUGAGGACUAGCCAUGACGGAUAUAUGCUCGAGGUCAUCCCUGGCAAAGGGGUACAGCGAUUCGUCAGACAAACGCUGCCUCACGGCGUGCAACAACUUGAUACCGUUGACGGCAAGAUUGCGCGCAUCACGUAUGAUAUGAAGAUCGUUGGAGCCCGGGACCUCCUCUACAAUGUUCUCAACGUAUCUCCGUCUUUGGCGCCCCCGCAGACUACCUAUAUCUUCUCUGUCGUGUCGUUCGGGUACCUUAUCACGGGACAUCCCCUAUCUACCGGAGAGUUCUUCGAGACAAGCACACUGCUGGUCACUCUGAUCAUGGUUGGCCGAUGGGUCAGUGCUGUGGCUCGUCAUAAGGCCGUCGAGUCAAUCUCAGUUAAGUCGGUUCAGGCUUCUACUGCAGUUUGGUCUCUGCCGACGGUGUUGAGGCCGAGAUCGAUGCCAGGCUAUCCCUACGGUUAUGUUCAUGACGGCGGAAAGAUUGCACACAUGACUUCACACGUAGUGUUCGACAAGACCGGUACGCUGACGGAGGGAGAUUUGAUGUCGCAUUCCAAACGUAUCCCGACCGAGGCGGAGCAUACAUUGCGCUGA